AUGGCCGAAUCACCAGACGAAGGAGCCAAUGCGGUGUCUGAACCGCUUGACCUUGUCCGCCUCUCCCUCGAUGAGAUUGUGUUUGUUCGACUACGUGGAGAUCGAGAGCUGAAAGGAAGACUACAUGCCUACGAUAGUCAUUGCAAUCUUGUGCUCGGAGACGUUGAAGAGACAAUCUACACGAUUGAGGAGGAGGAGGACGGCGAAGACACCGUCAAGACAACGAAGAAACAGUCCGAUAUGCUCUUUGUCCGAGGUUCUCGGAUCAAACGAGCAAAACCGCUGUUCGAAGGGUUUCGAGGGUCAAAUCUAGCCCAUGACGGAGCAUAA